GAAUAAACAAAAGAGAGGCCUCAUCCCACCCCUACCUUUCUUUCUUUCCUCUCCUCCCUUUAAUUCUCUUUUCUCCUCUCUCUGGUAUUCCUUUGGUGUGAUUCUCUCCACCUUAUUUUCCUUUCUUAAAGACCCAUCAAACUUUAUAAAAGAAAAGCUAAAAACCAUGGUUUUCUCUUCUCUUCCAGUCUAUUUAGAUCCUCCCAACUGGCAGCAGCAGCAUCAACAAGGAGGCAGUGGUGAUCAAAACCCACAACUUCCACCUCUUCCUCCGCCUGUUCCGGCCCCUGCUCAUGUUGGUGCUGGCGGUGGUGGCUCGAUCAGGCCGCCCUCCAUGGCUGAUCGAGCCAGAUUAGCUAAUAUACCGCAGCCUGAAGGACCCCUAAAGUGUCCCAGGUGUGAAUCCACCAACACUAAGUUUUGCUACUUCAAUAACUACAGUCUCUCGCAGCCACGCCACUUUUGCAAGACAUGUCGGCGGUACUGGACCAGAGGCGGUGCUCUACGGAGCGUUCCCGUAGGUGGAGGCUGUCGCAGAAACAAGAAAAGCAAAAGCAACAGCUCAAAGUCAUCUCUGGCGGCCUCCAGUUCCACUUCUUCCAGUGCAGUUUCCUCCGAUGUUUCCGGAAGUUUGCUACAACAAACUCCUCAUUUACCCUUCAUGGCCUCUUUACCUAGUCUCUCACAGUAUGGUUUGGGGAACAUUGGGUUAAACUUCAGUGGACUUAAUGGACAAAUCGGAGGAACAACUGCGACGGCUGUUCCUGGACAGGCUGAUUUGGGGUUUCAGAUAACAAACUCAGGAGGAGUUCAGCAGUUUCCUUUCUUUGAGCCACCAACUGGGUUAUACCCUUAUUCUGGUGCUGAGGGAAUAGAAGGAUCAACAUCCGUGGCUGGAGAAAGCCAGCUCCGAUCAGUAGCUCUGAGCUCUAGGGUUUCUCAGCUGGCUCCAGUGAAAACGGAAGACAAUAACCAAGGAGGGUUGAAUUUAUCUAGAGCAGUAUUGGGUGUUCCAGAGAAUAAUAAUAAUCAGUUCUGGGGAGGAAAUCCUUGGACGAUGACUACUGAUUUAUCCGGUCUCAACUCUUCCACCACUAACAACCAUCUCUUAUAGUUGAUAUAUUCUCUCUGGAAGGUUCAGUAGUACGUAUCCAUCAGAACAACAAAAUAACGUCGUAUGUUUGAUAUGUCAUGCGCUUGAACCUCGCAAGUUCCAAAGAGUAAGGAAAAGUUGUCUGAUCUUGAUCUGUGGAAGAACUAAAGAAUGGUAGAAGAUACUAUAAAAUUAGUCUUUUCAUAUAUAUGUUUUUUCUUGUUGGGGGGGUGUUUGGAUCUGUGUCUUUUGGUUUCAUGUAUUGAACAGAUUUGUCUGUCUAUUGUGUGUGUGUGUGUGUGUGAAGUUCUAUGGGAUCUCUUGUUGUCUGACAUAAUAAUCUAAUUCUGCAGAU